AUUGAUGAAAAGUCUCUUGAAGAACUUGGAAAGCUCUUACUAAAUGCCGUGCGCUCGAUUUGGAUCUCGAUUAAAAGCGCUGCUCCAGGUCCAUCCGCACAUGCGAUUGAUUUACAAACAUGGUUUGGUUCUCUUGCUCAUUCUGUAGAUUCCUUGUCUGUUCUUCCGACCAUCCUAUCAUUCCGUUCCAGUACCAUAAACUAUCUGCUGAAUGAGACUUGGGAUGCUGCAUUCUUCAAGAAUUUACUGAAGUCAUGGAUAUUUUUCAAUGACUUUGAGCUUCGGGGCCAUGUCGUUGAUGGUCAGCAUGUAUUUACUUUUGAUGGUCAAAAUUACGCUUACCCUGGAAAUUGCAAAUAUAUACUGGCCCAGGACAGUGUGGACAACAACUUUACUUUAAUUGGUCAGCUAUCAAAUGGAAAACUUAAGGGCAUCACGCUCGUAGAUCGUGAUGGUAACUAUGCCGAAGUAGCCGAUAAUCUCGCGCUAAAAAUAAAUGGAAGCCCAGUUGAAUACCCACAACACUUGUCUGGUCUUCACGCAUGGCGUAAAUAUUACACCGUCCACUUACAUUCUGAGUAUGGAGUGAGUGUAUUGUGUACUACAGAUUUAAAGGUAUGCCAUUUCAACGUAAAUGGAUUUUACACAAGCAAGACACGAGGACUACUUGGCAACGGCAACGCUGAACCAUACGAUGACUUCUUGCGAGUUGAUGGGACAAUAGCCGCAGACUCAGCCGCAUUAGGUAACGAUUACGGAGUUGGAAAAUGCGCAGUAGUUUUAUUCAACAAUGACCAAGUCGAUAGCCAAAAACGAGAUGAAAUAUGUAGUGAACUAUUUGGCAUUGAGUCACCACUUGCUAUUCAUUAUAUUACCGUGGACUCUAGACCUUACCGCAAGGCGUGUGACAUCUCUCUUGCAAAAGUGGCUGAAAAGGAUAAGGAGGCAACUGCUUGUACAUUUGCCUUAGCUUAUGGUUCCGCUGUUAAGCAGAUAAACAGAUGGGUGCUUUUACCGCCGCGUUGCAUUAAAUGUGGUGGUCCUGUUGGACAGCGCGAUUUUGGAGAUGAGUUUACUGUGAAAUUACCAAACACCAAAGCGGACGUUGUAUUCGUCGUUGAUGUCAAUGUUGCACCCUCAGUUCUGUCCAAUCUAAUAGCACCUGUAGUCAAUGAAAUUCGCGAAUCACUUAGAAGCCGUGGCUUUUCAGAUGUGCAAGUCGGAGUUGUUGUAUUUGACGAAUCUAAGAGAUAUCCCGCCCUUCUUACAAGUGAUAAUGGUAAAAUCAACUACAAGGGAAACCUUGCAAAUGUUAAGCUAAAUGGAGUGAAGAACUUCUGUGACAAUUGCGUUGAGCAAAUCAUAGGAGACAAAAGAAUCCUGGAUAUUUACAAUUCACUGAAAGAAAUUUUCAAAGGCAUUGCACCUCAAGCAGAUGAAAAGGCGUUCCAAUUAGCUUUAGAUUAUCCAUUCCGGGCUGGUGCUGCAAAGAGCAUUAUCGGUGUGCGAAGUGAUUCUCUGGAAUAUAAAAAUUGGUGGAAGUUUGUUAGAGCUCAAUUGACCGGAUCCGUUACUAAGUUUGAUGGUGCGCUUCUUCAUCUUAUUGCACCAGUAAAGGCGCUUGUCUUAGAAGGAGUGCCAGCCGAAAAACUAAUCGGCUUCAACUCUCGUCUGGUAGCUACUGUAGAUGGAAAGGAUAACAAGAAGCGAACCAAGCUGCAAUUCGAUAAUGACAUGGGUAUUGAUUUUGUCCUCAAUAACGGUGGUUGGGUGUUUGCAACACAAAACUUUGAAAAGUUUAAAGAAUCGGACCAAAAGAAAAUGUUGAACCAGAUCACAUCUUCAAUUGCUGAUACUCUUUUCAAGACCGAAAUUGUUAGUGACUGUCGCUGUCAGCCGAGUCAUGGAUUGCACGGCCAACAUAAAUGCGUUAUUAAAUCAUCGACAUUUGUUGAGACCAAAAAGCCAAAAGCUGCCUAAAAUAGUUUCAAGCUU